CAUCCCGUCAAACAUGAAAAGCCUUAUCGUGCAUGCGUCGACUCGGAUAAAAAGUGCACCGUUUGUGUCUGACUUCUUUGUUGAAGUCUGUCACCGUUCAUUACCCCGCCCUUGAACAUGUUCCACUUGUCCAACAUCUUUCACUUGUCGAAGCGGAUUUAUUCCAUACCACUCAGCGAACUCAGAGGCAAGACUUUAGACAUCUCCCCAUAUGCAACCCCUUGCAAAUUUCGGUUCGUCCACUGCGGACAACUUCUAGAUGAUAAAGUCCUCGCAAUCCACGAGGUCUCCGAGAUCCCUGCUAGGGCCUCCUUUUCAUACGCGGCUAUAUCAUACGUUUGGAAGGGUUUACCUGCCCACACCAAUGAUGAGUACGGCACAUUCGCUAUCAAGGGCGCUGAAGAUGGCGACCUGAUCAGCAUCGAUGUCCUCAUACAUGCGUGCACUGCUGCCAAAAGAGACUAUGAGGUCAAACAUUAUCACGAUUCUCGAGGUUUCAAUGAUGGCAGUUCGAGGUACAUCUGGCUUGACAAACUCUGCAUGCUGCAGGACAAGCACGAUGUUAAGGCUCGCAAAGACAAGCCCUGGCAGAUCCGCAACAUGCACCAGAUCUACUCGAAGUGUACCAUCUGCAUCGUUCUGCCUGGGGGAAUGCGCAGACUUGCACGAGUUGAUGAAGAUACGACCUGGAUCGAACGUUCAUGGACGUUCCAAGAAGCCACAGCGCAAGUGAACACAUUUAUCUUAUUUCAUUGGACACUCGGAAAGCUGGAUAUGGAGGCUAAAGAUCUCAAAUUCCGUUAUGAGGAAGUCAUCCCAGGCCAGUCAGCCAUAUGUACUCUUAUUACCGCUCUUCAGUGCAACUCCCUGGGGAGGCACAGGGGAUUCCCUAUCGACAGAAAACGGAGAGAGCGUCAAAUAUCAGUCAAUCUCCUCGGUCGCACAAAUGAUCCCCAUGUCUUUGCGCUCCUCGCUGUUACAGAAUCACUCCGCGGGGUUACAGAAGCACUCCCCGAUGUUAAAGAAGACGAUGUGUUGAACGCUUAUCGACAAGGAGUAUGGCGAUGCUCACUCAUGCGCACAUCUUCACGUCCCGUGGAUACUGUAUUCAGUAUCAUGGGCAUGUUCGGAGUAACGCUCGACCCCGAUGCCUUCGACGAAAAUGACAGACGAGGUGCAACUAUUGCCCUUGCGAAAGCGUUGCUACAGACAGGACAAAGGGCGAGUUGGCUCGCUCCAUUCAUCAGUCUUCCCCCAGCAAAAGGGCUCUCUGCGUUCCCGAAAUUUCCGGAUAUGCAUGUCGCAAGACAAGCAACGCUGGGGAAGCAUCCAGUGGCAGAGUUGCUAAAUGCUAAGGAGGGAUGGCUCAACGGCGUCCCACUAGCACAGAUGGAUGAUGACGGAUACCUCACUUUUUCCGCCCCUGCUGCACCUUUGGUUCGAGAGAUCACUGCCCCUGGAUUCGUGGCAGUAGACGGCUCCAGGUGGAGAACACACACUGCACAUGAACGGCACUAUCAUCUACUAGCACGCACUUACCUCGUCCAGAUAGGCGAGAUGAAACCCUAUCCAUCUGUUGCCUUUCCACAAGACUUGGAUAAAAAUCGCUGGAGGGCCUUGCUUGUGGAGGAGAACGGGGAUGGGACGGUCUACAGAAGGUCCUAUUUCAUCCUAUCUCACGAGCAGUCCCGCCUUGUGAACGCCCGGGCCACUCCGCAUACGUUCCGCCUUGGAGGUGAUGAAUCCCGCUGGUGGAGUCGCCUUCUAUGCUGUUGAGUUUUCUGUCCCCGAUAUUACAAUGUGUGUUCACAUGUCCCGUCCCAUUUGAAAUACUCCCUUUCUCCUUUAUUUAUAUUUCUUGGCUACGAGAUUCUAGCGUUCUCAGCACGCGCGGCCUUACUGUACCUUCACGUGUCUAACCUACGAGCCCCAGUACUUCAAUCGUUGUAGACCCG